CCGCACAAUUGGAAACGGCAAAUGGAAGAGAACAAUGAGAAACGUAAAAUCAUACCGAAGUUGGUCUAUCUCCACAAUCCCUGGAAGUAUUUCAUCACCAAAUUGAAUCUUCUUAAACUGCAAUUUUUCUGGGAUCGUGAUUUUGUGGAAUCGGAAUUUAUAAGGGGCUCUAAGCAGGCAGCCGUGGUUUUAACCGACAUUAUACGUAAUCAGAAUACAACACAGGUUGGGAGAUUUACAACACCCAUUGGCUUUCAGCAGAUAACUAGGGAUAUGGUUUUAUCACGCAACGACACACGGCUCAAACUAGUGCGUUUCGAUCCGGAACACUUGAGACGGGCCAUACCUAUGAAAGUGGCCACACGCCAUAAUUACGGUCGAAAAUUUUGCUUUAUCGAUAUGCUGUUCGUUGGGUUACGUAACACCAAGGAUUUUGACAAUCCUGAGGAGGUGGUGGAGGUCAAUGAAGUGUUGCGUAUAAUCGAUACAGAGUUUAGGACGCCGACCGAAGUGUUGGCCGUGCCGCAUCGAAUACUUUUUGCCGAAAUUUUCAUACGUUUUCGCCGGGAUUACACGCAAAAUUCCCGUGGCCCGUUCGAUAACGGUCAAGACAACGAUUGGUCUGUGUCGUUCUAUAAAAUUCUUACUUUUGAUAUACUUAACUACGAUCCAAAGCAAUAA